CCAGUUCCUUGCUCCUUUCCGGUGCUGGCUGCCGCCUGCAGAGACGCUCGAAAAUGGCUCCCCGUAAGGGUAAGGAAAAGAAGGAAGAGCAGGUUAUAAGUUUGGGACCACAGGUUGCUGAAGGAGAAAAUGUGUUUGGAGUUUGCCACAUCUUUGCUUCCUUCAACGAUACGUUUGUCCAUGUAACUGACCUGUCUGGCAAGGAAACUAUCUGCCGAGUAACUGGUGGCAUGAAAGUGAAGGCCGACAGGGAUGAGUCUUCUCCUUAUGCUGCUAUGCUGGCUGCUCAAGACGUAGCACAAAGGUGCAAGGAACUGGGAAUCACUGCCCUUCAUAUCAAACUGCGGGCUACAGGUGGAAAUAGAACAAAAACUCCUGGACCUGGAGCUCAGUCAGCUCUCCGGGCUCUGGCUCGGUCUGGCAUGAAGAUUGGGCGCAUUG